AUGAGUUCGUACGCUGGUGAUGAAGUUGGAGCUGUUGUUGUGGAUGUUGGAUCUCACACCACAAAAGCUGGAUUUGCUGGAGAAGAGAACCCAAAGGUGGUUGUUCCGUCGGUUGUUGGUGUUGUUUAUGACAAGGAAGACAAAUCAACGGUCUCCAAUUAUUAUUUAGGACUGAAGGAAAUAUCGUUUGCAAGACCGUACAUGGAGAUUGAAAAUAUUUUUGAUCCCGAAUCCGGAGAGAUUUGCAAUUUUGAUUAUAUGGAAAGGUUAUUAAGUUAUGUUUAUGAUGAACGACUAGGAGUUCGAACGAAUGAACAUCCUCUUUUAAUGACAGAAGUACCAACAAAUUCUGCACAAAAUAGAGAAAAACUCACAUCGCUGAUUUUUGAGACAUUUAAGGUUCCUAAUUUUUUCCUAUCCAAACAACCAGUUCUCAGUUGCUUUGCUAAUGGAAAGUAUACUGCUCUCGUUGUUGACAGUGGGCAUAAUUUUACCACUAUCACACCAGUUCUUGACGGGUAUGCUUUGCAAAGAUCUGUUGUCAAAACCAACAGAGUUGGAGGAAGAGCUUUAGAUGAUGAAUUAAGAAAAUUAAUAAUCUCUAAAAGGAAUGGUAAAGAUAUUCUGGCGCCUCAUCAAUUUACAAAACAACGAAACACUCCACUCCCUAGCUCAAAGUCAGCCAAAAUUAUUGAAGCUGAAACUCCUGGCCUCACUGUUUCCUUUAAUGAGUACUUUAAAAACAGAGUUGUUAGCGAUGCUAAGAUUAAUUUAUUGCGUGUUGCAGAUAGAAACACUCAAAGCAACACUUCAAUUCCGAUUGUUUCGUAUGAGAUGAAUGAUGGAAUAGAAAUAGAGGUUGGGAAUGAAAGAGAAUCGAUUUGUGAAAUGUUAUUUAAUGAAGAAUAUGGAAUUCACAAAUUGAGCUAUGAAUCAAUCAAUAAGUGUGACGUCGAUCUUAGAAAAGAAUUGUAUUCCAAUAUUAUUUUGACUGGAGGAACCUCGCUUAUUCCUAAUCUUCCAACCAGAUAUGAGACUGAAUUGUCUAGAAUUGCUCCUAGCAAUGCCAAGGUAAAACCUCCUUUGAACACAAAACAGUAUUCUACAACAACAUCUAGUCAAUCAACCUCCAAUCAAACAUCGCUUACUCAUUUACAAGAAAGAAAAUAUUCCUCAUUCAUUGGAGGUUCAAUUCUUGCUAGUUUAGGAGGCUUUCAGCAAAUGUGGAUCUCGAAAUCUGAAUUUGAUGAAAUUGGAGCUGCUCAAAGUUUGCUCAGAAAGUGUCCAUAA